GGACCAAUGGGACGCCCGUGUGUACUCGCUGUUUUGGCUCCGUAGCCAAUCAGAGAGCGCGUUUGGGUUUGUUGUCGGUGAUGAUGACAUGAGCUAUUUGUUGUUACUGGAAGGCGAGCGAGGAGAGAGCGUGAAGGAAGACGGCCCUGGCAGCGACUCUCGCUUUCAACGAACACACACGCAUCGUACGGAGCUUUCCGUUCACGGGAGGAGCGAACAGCGGCGAUGUCGGUGAAUAUGGACGAGCUGAGACAUCAAGUGAUGAUCAACCAGUUUGUUUUGACCGCGGGCUGCGCGGCGGAUCAGGCGAAGCAGCUGCUGCAAGCGGCGCACUGGCAGUUCGAGACGGCUCUGAGCUCCUUUUUCCAGGAGGCCAACAUCCCCAGUCAUCACCAGAUGAUGUGCACUCCACGCAACACUCCCGCCACGCCGCCCAACUUCCCCGACGCCAUCACUAUGUUCUCCAAGCUGCGGACGUCUGAAUGCACGGGCGGCAGCGGAGCCGGCGCUUCGGCCCAGGUGUCUAUGGCGUGUUCUCCUCCUCCCCACGCCUCCGCACAGGGAUUCGGCUCCUUCUGGGCCUCCUCGCCCCCCAACCACCAGCCCGUCUGGCUGCCGCCGUCCUCUCCCACAGGCCACCACGCGCUCCAUCACCACCACCAUCACAUGCACCAGCCGCCCACGUGGCCGCCCGUCUCCCAGCCCGCCAACGGCCAGCAGACGCCCGUCAUGUCAGCUCUGCACGGCCAGAGAUGAGACUCUGCGGCGGGGGAGACGCGGGGAGGGCCGGAGGUGUAAAUUGGGGUGAGGAUACACGGUUUAACGGGGCGGGAAUAUACUCACUGAGACUUUGGAUGGCCAAGGGGGAAAGACGUGGUACUCUUUCUUUCAGUUUUCUAAAGAUGAACAAUCUCUCUUCUUUCGGAGAUCUCGUUUUGAUCGUUUACCUAUUGUCGAUUUCAUUUCUGUCCAAACCUGGGAAGAACCACUAUGAGAAAAAAAAAAAUUAUGGAAGUCAUUAAGAGGUGUUAGAGUCCCAAAGAAGCCUCUUUUGUUUCGCUAUCCAACAGCGAAAGAAAGCCACGGAGUCGUCGGCAGUGGACGAUCAGGGCGAAUGUGUGCGUGUGAAUCUUCGUUCGUUCACCGUAUUCGGACUCUCUCCUCCUCUGUAGCGCUGUGUCGGCAAGAAGCACUCGCAAUAAAACGGCUGACAAACAAUAAGACUGAAUCACAUAUCAUGGUGGUCGUGUCGUUCUGCAUCCCAGGAAGCAUCAGGAGGACGUUUCUGUAUAACUAGUGUCUAUUGAGUUCUUAACAGAGGCUGUUAUGAGAUGAUUAAUCACCUCUUAUUUGUUCGAAAUGCACAAUUUCAAGUGCGUCGAGUUGAAUUUAUUCAGAAUCAACAAAAACUAUUGGUCCAGAUAUAAAUGGAAAAAAUCAGGAAGAGUUUGCAAUAAUCCUGGUCAGAAAGUUCAUUCUUGUUUGGUAAAUUCGCAACUUUUAGCAUGUAUGCGGUUAAAUCAGGAAAGCUUGUUGUGUUUAAACUAAAAUCGUCAUUGAGGAAUACAGACUCGAGUUCAAAGAAGUGUUUUGUGUUUGUUUUUUUUCCCCACCCCCAAGAACUAAAAAUGCUAGCAGACUCUUGUAAAGAUCUGAGCGGUCUGAUGUUUGGAGGUCCAGCACAGCCGGCGUAGUAAAGCUCAGCUCCACCUACCUCAGCUCCAGCCGUGGCCUGAUCCUACCUCCGGCGGCUGAAUGGGCUCUCCGUGUGAGCUGCUGCGACCGAGGGCUCAAAUACCUCACGCUCUCUGCCGAACGCGCCGUGUGAAAGCGAUGAGACGUCUCCGUGGACGAGGACUGAUCUGGUGUCACAUAUUGGCAUUUGUGUUGUACUGAUUGUAAUGUAAUGGAGCGGGAAGGCUGACCCUAGAUCAGGACAUUGAUUGGCAGUGGUUUUCUGAGAUGACGUGUUUCUUUAGUUUCGCAUGAUGUCACCUUCCCUUCAUUCGUUCAUCUUAGACAAUCACUUUUGCCGUCUUGAGGUUUGAAUUCGUGGUUUAGUAUGGACCUCAGUCAGGCUGGCCGCCAUAUUUAAUGUGAAGCGACUGAAAACGAGGCUAUGACGGGAUAAAUGUACAGUUUUUUUCAACGUCGUUCUGUUACAUCAGUCAUUUAGUUGAUUAAACAUGAAAUGUGCCCUAAAAGAAUUAUUUUUUUUGGUCAAAAUAACUGUAUUAUUCUUAGCAAUUUAGCAGUAUUUCAUACAUUUACAUUUCAGUUUAAGUAAGAAUGGAUUAAUGAACGAUGCACACAGGAAUUUGUUCUGCUUUUUUCAAACUGUAGAUUCACAAAGAAAUCACUGCGUGAACACUUAAUUCAGUUUCAGUUUAUGUGAGAAUGGAUUUAUGAAUGAUGUACAAAAGGAGCUUGUUCAGCUUGUUUCGCGCAAAGUAAAUAAUUAAUAGACGCAAUCUUUCGUAUUUCAACAUUAAUUUGAUAGGGCAAUUUAUGCAGGAACAAAUUUAUGAAUGAUGAUGAUCACUUGUUUCAUAAAUAAGGCAAAAAGAUCAAUUAUUUUGUCAUUUAUUGCGUUGAAUUAAGUAGUCGCAAAUUUUGCCAAGAAUUGAUUUGUGAACCAUUUACACCUUCUUAGUUAAAUUGUCAUUAUAUAGAUAACUAAAAAACAAGCAAAACAAAUUUGUGUUCAGAAAUCCAUUCUCUGUUAAAUCAACACUAUCUCACGACCAAUUCGUAUGUAUUUUACACGGUGGCUUAUUCGUAUGAAUUUGUACGACCUCAUUCAUAAGAUUUUGUAGGAUUUCUGUAAGGGGUAGGGGUGGUCAUUCAUACAAAAUCCGACAAAUUUGCCACCUCGUAAAAUAUGUACGAUUUUUCACAAAACGUACAAAUUCAUACAAGUGCGAUUGUAUGCAUUCGUACGAAUUAGCCACCUAGUAAAAUAUGUACGAAUUGGCAUGAGAUCAAGUUGGUUAAAUUGUAUUGAUGAACUUAAAUGCAAAGAGAAAACAAUUGUGAAC